AUGAGUACAACGGCUUCUCCUACACUUGAACAACCAGAAAGAAGUAAAACAGCUGAUGGAUCUUUGAAUAGAAGACGAUGUAAAUCUACUGAUAGAAGACAAGCAACAACUCGUGCUACUAGCUCAUAUCGUCAUAAUAAAUUAUAUCGUUGUCCGCAAACACCACCACCUGAAGUUCAAUUUGAUCGAGAACGAAGUUUUAUUCUUGAUUCUAAAGCAGUAUCGAAUAUUUCGAAUGACUAUUCAAUAGCUAAUCCUAAAUUAGGUUCAGUUAUUCCACCAUAUAAUGCACAAUUAGAUCGUCAUGUUGAUAAUUAUUUUAAAUUUUUUGGUGUACGAAAAGCAUUAGAAGGAACGGGACAAUCCGCAGCUCAUGAAUCAAUUGCAGGUCGAGUACAUGAUCGAUUUUAUACAAAUGGCCAUGGUUACCGUUAUUUAUCACUUCGAAAUAAAUUUGGUUCAGGUCAUUCAAUUGAGGAAGUUCGUGGUCAUGAAUUAUUCUUAAGUGAUCCUAAAGCUGUUGUUAAUUAUAACGGACUUUUUGGUUUUCGUCGUAAUACACCAUCACUUCGUCGACAACCAAAUAUUGGUACAAUAAAACUUGAUGCUAAUGGUUAUAUUCCUAUUGGUCGUUAUUCAGUUGUCGGUUGUGAUCUUGCACUUGAUUUUUCACGUGUACAUAAUUCUUCAUCAGCUUUCGAACGACAUUCAUUUAUACCAUUACAACGAGCAUUUGCAUGUACACAAUACGAAUCAUUACAAUCAAUGAGAUCUUCCAUUGGACAAAUAAAUAAAUCAUCAUUAAUACCAACAUGUAUUUUUGGAGUAAAUAUUGUAAAAAAUAAUUUAAAUUGA